UCCAACAUGGCGGCCGCGCCCGGCGCGCUCGCGAGCGGCCGGACCUCCCGGACUCCCGGGCCGCCCCCGGCUCGCUCCCGGCCGCCCUCCUCCGGCCUCGCCCGACGCGCCUCCGGAUUGGCCGGCGGGAAGCCCGCCCCCCGCAGGCCCCGCCUGCCAUUGGUCACGUUCAUAUAGUCAAUGGAUAAAGUGGGGAAGAUGUGGAAUAACUUCAAAUACAGGUGUCAGAAUCUGUUCGGCCACGAAGGAGGAAGCCGGCCCGAGAACAAGGACCCGAGCUCCCAGCGCUGCUUGUCUGUCCGGGAGAGGCGGGGGGGUGUGGUGGACGCGGCCCCCCAGCAGCAAAGCAGCCCCCUCCGGGAAAGCGUGGCCUUGCAGCUGGGGCUAAGUCCCGCCAAGAAUCCUUCGAGGAGAAGCCAGAACUGCGCUGCGGAAAUUCCCCAGAUUGUGGAGAUUAGCAUUGAAAAGGAUAACGAUCCCUGCGUCAUCCCAGGAACGAGACUCGCACGCCGAGAUUCCUACUCCCGACAUGCCCCAUGGGGUGGGAAGAAAAAGCAUUCCUGUUCUACAAAGACGCAGAGCUCGCUGGACAGUGGCCGCGGGCUGGGCAGGACUCGGGGCGGGCUGCCCCGGAGGGAGCGGCGGCUGGGGGUCAGCUCCCUGCACGACAUGGACAGCGCAGCAGGCAGGGCGGCGGGUGCCCGCUCCCUGAGGCAGCGGCUGCAGGACACCGUGGGCCUGUGCUUCCCCGUGAGGACUUACAGCAGGCAGGCCAAGCCCCUGUUCUCCAACAGGCGGAAAAUCCACCUCUCCGAGCUGAUGCUGGAGAAGUGCCCUUUCCCGGCGGGCUCAGACUUAGCCCAGAAGUGGCACCUCAUAAAGCAGCACACGGCACCCGUGAGCCCGCACUCGACCUUUUUCGAUACGUUCGAUCCGUCCUUGAUCUCCACCGAAGACGAGGAAGACCGGCUUCGUGAGCGGAGGCGGCUUAGCAUCGAGGAAGGGGUUGACCCGCCUCCCAACGCACAAAUCCAUACGUUCGAGGCCACCGCGCAGGUUAACCCGUUGUAUAAGCUGGGACCAAAGUUAGCUCCGGGGAUGACAGAGAUCAGCGGGGACGGCUGCGCAGCCCCUCCUGCUGGCUGCGACCCGGAGGGGGACUCCACCACGCUGUGCUUGCAGUCCCGCAGGCAGAAGCAGCGCCAGGCGUUGGGGGACGGCCACCCCGGCAGGCAGGGCGCGUGGAAGGUGCACACGCAGAUCGACUACAUCCACUGCCUGGUGCCCGACCUGCUGCAGAUCACGGGCAACCCCUGCUACUGGGGCGUGAUGGACCGCUACGAGGCCGAAGCCCUCCUGGAGGGCAAGCCCGAGGGCACGUUCCUGCUCAGGGACUCGGCGCAGGAGGACUACCUCUUCUCCGUCAGCUUCCGCCGCUACAACCGCUCCCUGCACGCCCGCAUCGAGCAGUGGAACCACAACUUCAGCUUCGACGCCCACGACCCGUGCGUCUUCCACUCCUCCACCGUGACGGGCCUCUUGGAGCAUUACAAAGAUCCCAGCUCCUGCAUGUUCUUCGAGCCGUUGCUCACCAUCUCGCUGAACCGGACCUUCCCCUUCAGCCUGCAGUACAUCUGCCGCGCCGUCAUCUGCCGCUGUACCACCUACGAUGGCAUUGACGGGCUGCCGCUCCCUUCCAUGCUGCAGGACUUCCUCAAGGAGUACCACUACAAGCAGAAGGUCAGGGUCCGCUGGCUGGAGCGGGAGCCCGUCAAGGCCAAGUGAACGCUGGCGGCCGCCCAGGGCCUGGACUCCGUCCCGCUCCCCGUGCCCACACAGUACACGCGCGGCGAGCACGCGGGGUUAGUGUCUGUCAGGCAUGCUCUGCGCGCUCCCAGACAGACACAGACAUCCUCACAGUGUGAGGAUGAGGGGACGGUGUGAUAAGCCUGCAGAAAUGUCACCGAGGGGUGGGUUUCCGAUGGCUGCAGUAGUUGAGGCAACUCUGGGGCAUUUGCUACAAAGAAUUUUAUUUCUUACUGGAGAACAAAUUAUUAAUAUUGGAUGAGGAUCUCAACAGUGUGACUAAUAUUUGAAAUUAUUUUUUCUAAGAAUUUUUCUAUAACCUUCUGAAAGUAGAGUAGUAAUGUUUAUAGUUUCAAUAAAUCAAGCUUUGGAAGUAAGAAAAAAAGGAAUAGACUGCCUUCCUUUUCUGGAGGGGGGAAAUGCAAUUUUUUGGCCAUAAGGGCAUAGUGCAGUUAAGUGUUGAUAAUAGUUUCUAGUCAGUCUCCCUUUCUCUUCUGCAAAAGGUACUUGUUAAGGAAACCAGGUUUUCUGAGUAGUAGUUAUUAAAAUUUCAGACUUAAGAAAAGUUGGUAGUAGAAUUUUAUUUAACAGCCUUAGGCGUUGUUUUUUGUUUUUUGGGUUUUUUUUUAACAAGUGCUUUAACUUAAAACACAUUUGGAAUAGCUGCUGCAAUAUAGUCCCGUGUGUGUGUGUGUGUGUGUGUGUGUGUGUGUGUGUGUGUUUAAGUUAACAUGUGCAGUCUUAAUUGUUGAUUUGUUAGAGUGGACCUUUUUCUGUAUGCCCAUGCUGAGUUUGUGAACCAUGGAAAAAUGAGACUAGAAAAUGCCCACACAAGUCAGAAUAACAGCUACAGUGGUUGCUACGGUUGAGAUUACUGUUAAACUGUAAUUAGUAAUUUGGAUGGCAGUAUUUCUCUCUUCGUUGUAAACUCUCAUAGUUGAAUUACUUAAGUACAGCUUACAUAGAAUUUCAGUGCAGUUCAUUUUCAGUGGAAAAUCUGAAGCCUGAUAUGCAGAUCUAAAAGGUACUGUACAUCCACGUGUCUGUAAAUAACUUUACUUAGCAGCUUUUUUGUCACAAUAGAAUAGUAGGCAAUACUACUUGAGUGAGCCCUUUUGGAAGUAAUGCCAAGUUCUAGUGUCUGCUUCUUAGUAUUGAACUGCAUUUACAGUUCUGUCUUAGACAUUUGCACUACGGCAGUCAAAUCCGUUCUGUGUCUUUUCUAAAAUGUGUUUGUACCUCUGGUGAGUGCUCCUUAGUUCCCUUACCUGCUGCUCCAGAAAGGUACUUUAUACCCUGAUGGCUAUUGCCAAGGCUACAAGAAAGAAAAGCUAUAUUUGUAUGCAACACUAACUCUUGGACUGCUAAUGUGCGUUUCUGCUUGCUGUGCCUUGUUAUGGCUGCUUUUUUGUGCUAAUAAAGUAUGUUUGGUGUUCUCCUUGUAUAUCUGCUGUUUUAUACAUUUGCAACAAUUUCUCUUGUAAAUGGUUUGGGGUUUUUAAGCAAGCAUUACCUGACAACCUACUAUAAUUAAUGCAGAAUUACUGUACAGUCUGUUAUUUGACUAAUUCCAAGGAAGUGAACUUAAUCCCAUAUACUGUGGAGCAGUAUGUGUAAUUACUUCAAAUUACUGUACAGUCCAGUUUAUCACAGAGAGCAGAAACAUUGGCCACGUCGAUUGAUUUCUCUGCUCUCAGUGAAAGUGAGACUAACAGUGAUAGGCUAGAGUAAAUGAAUCUCGUACUUCUCACUGCAUCCGAAACAAGUUAACUGUACUAAUGACAGCAUCAGCACCACUUACCGGUUAGGGGACCAUUUUAACUAAUAAAUGCCCAAAAUGUAGAACUUUUACCAAAGAUGUGUCCAUUUUAAAGCAAAAUGGGGAUUGAAGGGACUUCAGUUCCUAUUAUUUCUAAUGGAAGUCCCUGAAGAACAUAUACCAAAGUGUUUGAGAACUUCAUCCAAACCUACUUUAAAGCAAAUGUGCAAUUAAGUUGUUACGACAUAAUUAUAUUGCAUAAUUGUUGGGUCUGUUUUCUUGAGCUUAUAAUGUACCUGGAAAAUAAACCUCUUGGAAAAUAAAAAGUCCAUAUGAUUAUUGGAGAAGGACUCUAUAUGCAAACGAGAUCUUGUUUUAAAGAGGUAACUUGAAACUCCAAGAAAGCACUUGAUGUUUUAUAUGCUCGUAGCAAAUUGAUGUUCUAAUUGUAGUUUUAUAGAAAGUAUUAGUGGUUUUAUGUAUUUCAGAACUUUCAUAUGUUACAUGGAAAUUGUUUUAAUGUGUAAAUAUUUGAGUUUGUGUAAGCAUGUAUACACUGCGCUAAAAGUCAAGUUUCAAUUUGUAUGUAAUAUUAAUAUGAAACUUUAGGUUAAAAAUUUUUCUCAAAAGAAUUAGUGGCUUACAUUUUCAAAAAGAAGAAUCACCAGCAUGAACUUGCACCUCAGUCUAACUCACUGUGUGUUUUUUGAAUCCUAUUGUGGCCUGUCAACUUCAUUGGUGAUUUCAUGGUGUUUUUGAAGUGCAAUUUAAUAUGAACCAGGACAUUCUUUGGAACUGUGGACUGGACACACCAUCAUAGUGGAGUAUUAAAGCUAAAGAAAGAUGG